AUAAAUAAAAACAAAUACAGGAUAUAUCGCGGAGCAGGUUCAUAGUUCGUUCAAAAUGGCUCUGUUACAUCCUUCGGCGGUCAAGCUUCUACGACAAAGUCAACCUAUUAGGUAUUGUUAUCGAUUUUUGUGUCAAAAGGAGCAAAGCCCCGAAGAUGAGCUGCACUUGAAUUAUCUUGAAGGAGACCAGAAAGGUAUAGCAGUUAUAUCAUUGAGAAGAUUCAGAUACAAAAAUGCAAUGGGUAAAAAUAUCAUGCAGAGGUUUAUUGAUUCUAUGCAAGAACUCAAGUUUCAAAAUAGCAUCAGAACAGUCAUCAUCCGAAGUGAAGUACCAGGAGUAUUUUGUGCAGGAGCUGACUUGAAAGAGAGGCUUCAGAUGACCAACCAGGAAGUGAGCUUGUUUGUUGCUAAGUUACGCUACAGUGUUGCUGAGCUGCACAACUUACCAAUGCCUACAAUAGCAGCUAUUGAUGGUUUUGCACUUGGCGGUGGCCUAGAGAUGGCUUUAGCUUGCGAUAUGAGGAUUGCUGCAAGUAAUGCCAAGGUGGGUUUAAUAGAGACAAGCCUUGCUAUUAUUCCUGGAGCUGGUGGAACUCAACGGUUGCCUCGUGUGAUUGGUCCAUCACUGGCUAAGGAGCUCAUAUUUACUAGUCGACGGUUGGAUGGGUGGCAAGCUAAAGAAAAUGGUGUUGUGAACCAUUGCGUUGAGCAGAAUGCGAAUGGUGAUGCGGCGUAUCAAAGAGCACUCAAGUUAGCUGAAGAGAUUCUUCCUCAGGGACCAAUAGCUCUAAGGAUGGCAAAGGCAGCAAUAAACCGUGGGAUUGAGGUGGAAAUAGAUGCAGGGAUGAGAUAUGAAGAAGCCUACUAUGCUCAGGUGAUUCCAACGAAAGAUAGAAUUGAAGGUCUGGUUGCUUUCAAAGAAAAAAGGAAACCUAAAUAUGAAGGGCAUUGAUCUUAUCAUUGUCCAGAUAUUAGCUUGCAGUCAAAUUGAUUCCCCUAUAUAUACAGCUUUCCUGCUUUUAUCUUGGAGAACAACUGGUGGUGGAUUUCAAUGCAUCGCACAGCAUUGGGGAAAGGAAAACAGUUAUUGUUUUUUAAAGCACAAACUAUUUAAUCCAUGCAUAAAAUACUAGGUUGGGGGAUCUUGAGUAAAAGGUUAAUAAGGGCCAGAUUGUUAUUUUUUACUGUUAAAAAGUGUAUGUAUAAAUCUUAAUCAGCUGUAUUUUGUUUGUUGGUUUUAUAUAUAUAUAUAUAUAUAUAUAUAU